CAGGUGCUAAACAGAAAGAAAAAUUUAAAAAAAAUUUGCAACCGCGCCGUUGCAAAAAAAGGAGCAAAUAAAAAAUCGGUCCAAUAUAUAUUAUAUUCUUAUUUUUAAUUUCACUCACAAAAAAACAACUACAAAAAACACUAAUUCGAAAUGCUGUACAUUGUUGGCCUGGGCCUCUCAGACGAGCGCGAUAUCACGGUCAAGGGCCUGGAGGCCGUCAAGGGGUCUGAGCGUGUGUACCUGGAGGCGUACACAAGCAUCCUAAUGGUGCCUAAGGAGCGGCUGGAGAAAUUCUACGGCAAGGAGGUCAUUAUCGCGCAUCGCGAGACAGUCGAGUCGGACAGCGACUCUAUUCUGCGCGACGCCGACAAAGUUGACGUCUCGCUCCUGGUUGUUGGCGAUCCGUACGGCGCGACCACGCACACGGAUCUGGUCAUUAGAGCUCACGAGCUGGGUAUCCAGGUGAAGACCAUCCACAACGCCAGCAUCAUGAAUGCUGUUGGCGCCACCGGACUCCAGCUCUACAGCUUUGGGCAGACUAUCUCGUUGGUGUUUUUUACUGAGGAUUGGCGGCCCGACAGCUUCUACGACCGCGUCAAGGAGAACUCGGACAUUGGUCUGCAUACCCUGUGCCUGCUGGACAUCAAGGUACGCGAGCAGUCGAUCGAGAACAUGAUGCGCGGUCGCCAGAUCUUCGAGCCGCCACGCUACAUGUCCAUUAACCUGGCCAUUGAGCAGCUGUUGGAGGUAGAGGAGAAGCGCCAGCAGAAGGCUUAUACCAAGGACACCCUGGCUGUCGGCGUAUCGCGCCUGGGCUCCGAUGACCAGAUCAUUAAGGCGGGCACGCUCAAGCAGCUGCUUACCGAGGACUUUGGUGCGCCGCUGCACUCGCUUGUUCUUGUCGGAAGCCGCCUGCACUUGCUGGAGGCCGAGAUCCUGCGCUCCAACGCUGUUGAUCUUGAGGGUCUUAACCUGGUCCUUAAGCGGGACUUUGGCAUCGAACGAUAAAUUUUGGAUAAAUUAAUUUCUGUUGAUUUCCCCUUUAUCUUUCAUUUUUUUGACUAAAUA